AGUCGUCAUAAUGAUGAAGUAAAUACGGGGUCACCAAUGUAGAAUUCACACCGUAUAUAGUAUAAAAUAUCUUUAUUUUAUCAACACACUUUGUUUACUUUUUACUUCUUUGUUACUAUUUAAGUUUAUCAUAAAUUAGUUCUGUCUGACCAAGCAGCUGACCAGGUUAUAUUUUGUCCCCACACGAGUUAUAUUAAUUGCGAAAGAAACAUUAAAAUAUGUAUAUUAACCUACCUGUUUUGGCAGCCAUUUUGAAAACCGUGUUAUCGGGGCCUGGUAGCUAUUAAGACCUAGGCUCCCGUAUUUGUAGGAGUAUAAAAAUAGCCUAUAAAAAGACUAGUUUUUGCCAUAUUUUGUAAAAUAGUGUAAAAAAGUAAAAAGCAAAUAAGUGUGGUUAUAUUCAAUUCAUUUUUAAACAUCGUUUUGAACGUUAGUGAAAGCAGACAAGUACUUUACACAGUUUUAACAAGGUGAAAUCACCCCAAAGACGUUACGGUUAACCAUUGGUAUUUCGAUACAUAGUUUCCCGAGAGAUAUUUUUAAAAGGUUCAUGUGAAAGCAAUGAGACACAGGCUUGGAAAAAUAAAGGAUAAUAAAUAUUUAACUAGUUCCGUUUUCAAACCUUAUAAUGUAUUAAUCUUGUCACUUACCAAUACAUUGCAUUUAAAAUGUCAUGAUACGACAUGAUAGCCGGGUAUCCGAACUUGUUACCUGCUUUUUUCGAACUCUCCAUACAAUAAAUGUUAUUAAAAUUGCAACGAUUUUUGGUCCCUUUUUGAGAGACUCAAAACGACUUAUUUGUUGCGAAUCCCAUGGACUAAAGUAAGUAUCGUAUUUGCACGGACUAAUGUCAAAAAGUUAAAAAGUUGGCAAAGUAAAAUAAAAAGGCACUAAUAAUAUUGAGUACGAGCACAUGCAAUUUUGCGUGUGGCCAUAAUCAAGCUUGCUGGAGCAUCUGCAAUUCAUAUGAAGCAACGAAUAGAACAUACAAAUGUUUUGCUCUUCAUCACUAAUUCCCUUCAUCACUUUUUAUCUUCUAAGAUUCUAUAUUUCAGUUUUCCUAUUAACGUUAGGUAACGGUUAUUGUCCUGUAUACAUGCAUUGUAUAUGACAAAUACGAAGCAUACACUGUUAUAGAUACGACAGCUUUAUAUUAAUUCAUCGCUGGCGUAAUUAAUGAAUUAUAUAUUUAGCCAGGGAAAAAUAAUGAAUAUUCCACUAAUAUACUUGAUGCUAAUAAUAAUAUAGUGGAAUGAUGUUUAGUACGUGAGUAAUAUCGAAGCAAAAUGAUAUAAUAAAUUAAUAAUAUAGCAGAAAUUAGAUAAAAUAAUAUCGUUAAGCUCCAAUGAUUAGAAUUUUUAGCUGCGGUUAUAAAUCGUAAUUGAGAUAAACUUACAUUGAAUUCUGCCAGCCAAAUACAGUAAAAUGAUCCAGCUUUGUGGUGUCAUCUUUGGAUUAAUAUUCAGAUUGAUAUGUUUAGUGAAGACCAGUCGACAUAUACUUGCAUGCGUUGUGUAUUUCAAUAAAUUUACGAAACGAGAUAUUUGUAUAAAGAUUCAAAUGGAAGUUAGUGUCUACAUGCCGGUAAUAACAGCACCAAUUAAUAACCUGUUACAAAAAAAUAUAUCCGUCGCGUUUUAAUUCAUAGUUUUUUAACGCUUGUUAGUUUAUGUAUGUACCGUGACAGAACCAUUCAAAUUUACCAGCGCUUAAAGUUUUUGAUAAUUAACGCUACGGAAAUGCAAGGUACCUUGGUCUAUUAUAACGAAGAUUAAAAUAUUCUAAAAUCUUAUGAUUUUGUCAGUGAAGCCGUGAACUCAAGGAAGUUAUUUUUCGGCACUUGAUUGUUUCUAUACUAAUAUCAUACAUUUUCGUUUUGACACAGGUGAAAGCGAUAAAAAUCAUUUUAAUUUAACGCCGUUUCGAUGUCAUCUUACAUCAUUUUCAUUAGUGUUCGUUACUACGCAAUUCAGGUCCGCGUUAACGCGGUGGAAGAAGCAGGGCCUUUUUUAACAUAGAAGCUGGUGGGGGGGGGGGGGCAAAUCCCCCCCCAAUCGCCCUUGUGCCCCCACGAAAUCACCCUUGUGCCCCCACGAAAAUAUUUUGCCUCCUCCCCCCCAGGGAAAGUCCCUUUUUCCUAAAUCUAUGAACAAACCAGUGUAGAAAAACAAAUAGAUAAACGGAAAGUAAGUUUUAGGCUUUAUCCUAGCGUUGUCCUUGUUUAACAAAAUCGAUUUAAAUUGUUACGUUUUUCCAUCACAAAGUAAUGAUAAAUUAUUGUUAAUAAUUAUUUUAUUUUUUGUGUGUUUUUUCCUUCUUUUAUUUUUGAAAUACAAAUGUAGUUAGCAUAAAUUUUAGAGCAAAUUUGGAUGCUAAUUUUGAGCGUGUUGAUUUAAUCGAACGAUACUUUCACAUGGACUUUGGUUACAGCGAGAUCGUACUGUUUUGGGGGUUAUUGCACGGGUACGUUUUGAGCAUUCGUCAGCUGAAGCGAAUCCUACGCCACAACGUGGUCUAUAGGAAGACGAAGGAAUCUUUCCAAUAUUGAAGAAGUUUACCGAGCAAUCAGAAAAGAAUUGCGUGGUAGCGGAAGCAUGAUGGGUUAUCGACGAUUACUACACGGUCAUCGUGUGGUUGUUGAUAAAGAAACUGUGAGGGAACUUUUGAAGAUUUUGGACCCUGAAGGAGUUGAUGCCAGGUCAAGACAUCGAUUACAAAGGAGACAAUAUAAAACGGAGGGUCUAAAUCAUGUGUGGCAUAUAGACGGCUAUGAUAAGCUUAAACCCUUUGGUUCUGCAUCCAUGGUUCUAUUGAUGGAUACAGCAGGCGUGUAAUGUGGCUUGAUGUGGGUCCUUCCAACAACAACCCCAGCGUAAUAGCUCAGUAUUAUAUUGAAUGUGUUCAACAGAUCUGAGGAACUACCAGAAUAAAUAGAGGGGACUAUGUGAACAGAAGGAAUGCGUGACUAAUUGUUGUAGUGAACAUGAACAAUUUGAAUUACAAAUGAGUUGUGUGAUAAGCAGUAGGUAUGUUUAGUUUUUGUAAUAUAUUGGUAGCAGGAAAUGGUUUCUUAGUUAAAUUCGUUUAGUUUUAAGGAGAGAAAUCGUUAGAUAAAUUAGUUGCCGAGUCGAAUUAUGGAAACGGCAAACAUAGAAAUACUUGAACAUGGAGAUCAGCAGAGCUUAGCGGCAGACGAACGUUUAGACAGUCUAAAAUAUCGAAAAGCUUUAGCUAAAACUGCCUUUACGAAAGCAAAAAAUCAAGUUUUGCGUUUAUUAGAAGAAGAAUGCAUCGAAAUAUCGGAUCGAAAUCGAGUAAAAGAAGCCUGUGAAAAGCUAACUAUUAAGGCCUAAGUCCACAAGGCGGAAUUUUUCGACCGAAACGAAAUUUCUCUUUGUCUUUUUACAAUUAGUUCUGCUCGACAGCUCUGAAACAAAGAGAAAUCGAAAUUUCUCUUUGUUUCAGAGCUCUCGAGCAGAACUAAUUGUAAAAAGACUAAAGGCCGGAUUCCACGAGGCGGAAUUUUUCGACCGAAACGAAAUUUCUCUUUGUCUUUUUACAAUUAGUUCUGCUCGAGAGCUCAUGAAACAAAGAGAAAUUUCGAUUCGGUUGAAAAAUUUCGCCUAGUGGAAAACCGCCUUAAGAGAAAUUUCGUUUCGGUCGAAAAAUUCCGCCUCGUGGACUCAGGCCUUAAUAGUUAGCUUUUCACAGGCUUCUUUUACUCGAUUUCGAUCCGAUAUUUCGAUGCAUUCUUCUUCUAAUAAACGCAAAACUUGAUUUUUUGCUUUCGUAAAGGCAGUUUUAGCUAAAGCUUUUCGAUAUUUUAGACUGUCUAAACGUUCGUCUGCCGCUAAGCUCUGCUGAUCUCCAUGUUCAAGUAUUUCUAUUUCGGUCGAAAAAUUUCGCCUAGUGGAAAACCGCCUUUAAGCAAGAACAACUUAUGGAAAUAUUCGAAGCCUUAAUCGGGCAGUAUUGAAGCAGAACGGACCGCCAAAACAGAACAAAAACUAUCGAAGGGAUCGAAAAAAUGGAGCAUGAUUUUAGUGAAGUUAUAAAUCGAGCUCAACAGUAUUUAGAUAACACGUUUACAGAUGUGUUCAGCCACGCAAAGUCGUCGAGAGUAAAGCCAGCGUCUAAACUCCAACCCCGUGAAGCGGGCUAUAAACAAUCAGACACUAGACAAAGCGAAGAGCUUGAAUUAUCAAAAGAGGAGAUUGAGAUACAAACAGUGUUAGCAGAGACAGAACUUUCUCGGCAAAUAAAAGCCCUCGAAGAACAAGUGCAACAAAGAUGGGUACGUUUAAAGGAACAAGAAAACGCUACAAGAUUACGAUUGCAACAACCUGUUAAUCCUGUCAAUCUCGAGGUUAAAUGUGACACAAUGUCAAAAUCAAUCAAGCCAGAGGUCGAACGUUCAUCGAUCAGCGAUGGGGCAAAGUACCAAAGACAAAGUACACCUAAACCAAAGUUAGAGUCAUCCCCAAGUGAAAUCGGCGCUGAUCUCUGGAUGCAACUAGACGCAUUACCAUACCUAUAUUCAACGGCGAUAAAAGUAAUUAUGAGCGCUGGAAAUCAGCUUUUACUGCGUGUAUUGAUAAAGCACCAGCAACGCCGGAAUAUAAACUUCUUCAACUGAGACAAUGUCUGUCUGGCGAAGCAUUAAGAACAAUUCAGAAUUUGGGAAAAUCAGCAGCAUCCUACGAAGCAGCAAAGACAAGAUUAGAACGAAAGUUUGGGGGUCAACGAAGAAAAAUCGCGUUAUAUCUUGAACAACUCGAACGAUUGAAACCCAUGCAAGACGAGAACCCAAAAGAGUUGGAGAAAAUCGCAGACAUUCUCGAUAUCGUGAUUGUUAACCUAAAAGAAGCUGAUCGUGACGAAGAAUUGGGCAACGGUGUUCUUUACGUAACCUUACAGAAAAAACUCACUGAACCUUUACUUGUUCGAUAUCAUCGCUGGAUCUAUGAAAACAGAAGAAUAGAAUCGGUUUUAUCUCUGCGAGAUUGGAUGUUACAAGAAGUAGAGUUCCUAACAACAGCAUCUGAGACAAUUCACGGUUGCGCAUAUCGUUUAGAAACGAGAAGAAAGAAGAUUUAUCAUCAACAAACAUUUUUCGGACGAAACAAUAGAUCGAAGUUAGAAUCAAAAGCCUGUCCAACUUGUGAUGGUCGACAUGGAGUGUGGAGCUGCAAAAAAUUUCGAGAAUUAAAGCCAUGGAAAAGAUGGAAUGUAGCGAAACAGUUCAAGUUGUGUUUUAGAUGUUUAGAUCAUGAUCACGUUGGAAGUUCAUGCACAGCAACGAGAGUUUGUGGAAAGGAUGGCUGUCAAAAAAACACACCAUGAACUGCUGCAUACAACGUUUAACUGGAACGAUUCCAGUCGAAAACAGUUAGAGAGAAAACCAAGAUAUCCGCCAACCAAAAGCGUUCAAAAAGUUGUUAGAACUAGUUGCAGCGCCACCCAAACAGACGUCAAAGUGUAGCCUAGAAAAGAUGAUAGCCAAAGUGACAACAGCACUCGGUCCCACACAACAAGAAAGCAACAAACCUGAAAAUCGGAAAGAAUUCAUAGCAUUACGAACAGUACCUGUAGUUCUCAAAAAUGGAAAUCGCGAAGUUACGGUGAAUGCUUUAUUGGACGAUGCGAGCACACAAACCUAUAUUAACACCGACGUAGCUGCCGAAUUGGGACUGCAUGGGAAAUUUCAAAAAGCGACAGUGAACGUGUUAAACGGGCAAAUGGAAACGUUUGUAACGAUGCCAGUUGAAUUUGAAUUGAAGAGCUUAGAUGGUGAAGUCACACAUAACGUCAGUGCAUUUACGACAGAGAAAGUGACUGGAGACAUGGAAGUGAUUGAUUGGAAAGAGUAUGCUGGAAGAUGGGAUCAUUUAAAAAAAUAGAAUUUCCAAAGAUUGGUCAGAAAUCUACGGUAGAUCUGUUAAUAGGCGUAGAUCAUGCAGAUCUUCUCUAUUCAAAACAAGAGAUCCGAGGUGACGAAGGCGAACCUAUUGCAAGACUUACUCCGUUGGGAUGGACAUGUAUCGGGCGACCAGGCAGAAUAACCACACCUAAUCACACUAACUUUAAUCGCACCUAUUUUACCCAAAGUCAAUCGAAGUCAACAGAUGUCGACAACAUUCUACGACAAUUUUGGGAAAUUGAAGAAACACCUUCCUGUGAUUAUGGUACAAUGAAUGCCGAAGACCAUCUCGCUGUUAACAAAGUGAAGAAUUCGAUGAAAUAUGAAGAUGGUCGAUACCAAGUGGCGAUUCCAUGGAAAGAAGAUCCUUCAAAUUUACCAGAGAAUUACAAUAUGGCAUUAAAACGAUUAAAGAACAAAGAAAAACGACUAGCUAAAGAUCCUGAGUUGAGCGGAGCCUAUUCCAACGUUAUCCUACAAUAUCUUGCAAAAAAGUACAUUCGAAAGGUACAAAAAGAAGAACCAAGACCAUCUUGUGUAUGGUAUCUACCUCGUGUCCCAGUAUUGCGUCCUGACAAGCCUACGACCAAAACAAGAAUAGUGUUCGAUGCGUCAGCAAAAUCCCGAGAAGUUUCGCUGAAUGAUGUGAUGCUUCAAGGUCCGAAGUUACAACAGGAUCUGAACAACGUACUUCUCCGUUUUCGAAGACAUCCAGUAGCCAUCGUGUGUGAUAUAUCUGAAAUGUAUUUACGAGUGGAGAUAGCACCGGAAGACAGAAACUACCACCGAUUCCUUUGGCGUUCCAUGGAUCAGUCUAAAGAACCAGAAGAAUACGAAUUCAGCCGUGUUGUCUUUGGAACAAGUUCAUCUCCUUUUCUCGCUCAAUUCGUCCUUCAACAACAUGCCCUAAAGAACAAAGAUUCCUACCAAUUAGCGGCCAAUACUGUUGAAAAUGCAACGUAUAUGGACGACAGCAUGGACUCUGCAGUUGAUGAUAAUCAAGCAAUUGAACUUUACCGACAACUGAAAGAGUUAUACGAGAAAGCCGAUAUGCAUCCUCACAAGUGGUUAUCGAAUUCAAGAGCUGUCCUAGAACAGAUUCCACCCCAAGAAAGAGCUUCAGCAGUGCAUCUCGACGAUGGGCAACUACCUUAUAUUAAAACCCUUGGUCUACAGUGGGUGGCAGAGGACGAUGUGUUUACAUUUACGGGUCAUCCUCCAAAAGAACUCCAACUGACAAAAAGAACUUUUCUCAAAAAGAUUGCAUCUCUGUUUGAUCAUGUCGGGUUUCUUGCCCCAUUUGUCAUUGAAGCUAAACUUCUCAUGCAACAACUGUGGAUUAGUGGGUUAGGAUGGGACGAACAGCUUGAUGAGGCGUUACAAGAAAGAGCAAUGACGUGGUUUCAACAGCUCGAACAGUUAACUACAAUCAGAAUUCCACGCUGUUUGUGUCUAUCAACAGAUACCGUGAUUUCGUCAUCAUUGCAUACGUUUGUCGACGCCUCCGAAAAAGCUUAUGGUGCAGUUGUAUAUCUCCGAAGCCAUUACGAGAGUGGGGUGACAUCAAUUCGCCUGAUUUCCGCGAAGUCUAAAGUGGCAAUUUUAAAAGCAAUAAGCAUUCCUCGUCUGGAAUUAAUGAGCGCAGUUAUCGGGUUGAGAUUAAUCGUUCUCCUCGCUGACCUGUUAGAAAUUGAUGUCUCUGAAGUAACGUAUUGGUGUGAUAGUAUGAAUGUACUCGGGUGGAUUCGAAACCAAAGCCGAAAAUUCAAACCAUUCGUGGCUAAUCGUGUCGGAGAACUUCAAAGCCGUAACAAUCCACAGCAGUGGCGCCAUGUUCCAUCAGGGGAAAACCCUGCGGAUUUGAUCUCAAGAGGAAUAAAUAUCUCCGAGUUAAGGAGAUCGGAGAUAUGGUGGAAUGGUCCAAGAUUCCUGGAAGAAAAUGAAGAAAACUGGCCAUCGAAUCAAUUUAAAAAUGAGAAAUACGAAAGUCUAGAAAUGAAGAAAACGAAGUUUUGUAAAGAUCGUAGUGGGUUAACCGAGAUCAAAACGAGUCCACAGAAAUCGGACAGUACGUUAGUAACCGUAAGGAAAGCUGAACCUGUAACAUCGCCAUUAGACACGACACGUUUCUCCAGUUGGUUACGUCUAAAAAGAGUUCGAGCUUGGAUUAAUCGGUUCAUGAAUAAUUGUAAGCAACCAAGAGAUAAACGGACUAAUGGAGAAUUAACAUCCGAAGAAAUUAACGAUUCCGAAAAUCAACUGAUUCAGCUGGCCCAAGAAAGUGCAUUUCCCGAGGAAAUUGAAGCCAUGCGAAGUGCAAAAGAAUUACCGAAGAAAAGCAAAUUACAUCCAUUAAAACCGUGGUUAGACGACGAUGGACUUUUAAGAUUGGGUGGUCGUCUUCAGUUUGCAGAAUUUCUAUCUUUCUCCACUCGACAUCCAAUAGUGUUACCUCGGAAAGAAUGGAUUACCACACUCAUUGUCAAAUCGUAUCGCGAAGUUGGGAACCACGUCUGUGGCACUAACCAUACCUUAGCAUCACUCUCUUCACGCUACUGAGUACUCUGUGGUCGUGAGGAAAUACGAGCUUGGGAGAACAAGUGUGUAGAAUGCAAAAGAAGAACAUGUAAACCUGCAAUGCAAGUGAUGGCUCCACUUCCUGAUAUAAGACUACGUAUGACGAUGCGUGCGUUUGCGCAAACUGCAGUGGAUUUUGCAGGUCCUUUCUCGACGAUUCAAGGUCGGGGAAAACGCAGACAAAAACGUUAUCUUUCACUUUUUACGUGUUUAUCAACAAGGGCUGUUCGCUUAGAAAUCGCUUAUGCAAUGGACACUGACUCCUUUCUAAAUGCAUUCUAUCGUAUGGUCAGUCGUAGAGGAUUACCUGACGAAGUUAUUUCGGACAAUGGAUGAAACUUCAUCGGAGCAGAUAAAGAACUAAGAGAGUUGGUAAAGCAGUUGGAUGUAGAAAAGAUUCAAGUUUCGACAGCCAAUCAAGCUGUAAAGUGGCAUUUAAACCCUCCGUGUGCUUCACAUUUCGGUGGUGUUCACGAAACUAUGAUAAAGGCUGCAAAACGAGCAGUGUACGCAAUAUUAAGUAACGCGGACAUUACAGAUGAAGAACUUCACACUGCGUUCGUCAGGGCAGAAGCUUUGAUAAAUUCACGCCCUCUGACUUAUCAAAGUGCCAACCCUAAAGAUGAAACACCAUUGACCCCAAAUCAUUUUUGAUCGGUCAGAUGGGUGGAAAGUUUGCGCCCGAGUUGGUGGAUUUUACGGAUUUUAAUCCCAAAAGGAGAUGGCGACGAGUUCAAGAACUUGUUCGACAUUUUUGGCAUCGAUGGUUACGGGAAUGGAUUCCGGGUUUAAACAGAAGACAAAAGUGGUUUUAUCCUCAAAGAGAUAUUAAGAAAAAUGAUCUUGUGAUAGUGAUGUCGCCAGAUACGCCUAGAGCAAAAUGGCCCAUUGGCAGGGUAAUAAAAACUUUUCCUGUAAAAGAUGGACAUACGCGUGUCGUUCGAGUGCAAGUUGGUCAACAGGAACUGACUAGACCAAUAACAAAACUAUAUCCAUUACGUUAUGAUUAACUGUAAAUAAUUGUAUAUAGUGUGUAAUUAAUCUCUUAUCAUUGACGAUACAAAGUACGUCAAGGUUGGGGGUAUGAACAGAAGGAAUGCGUGACUAAUUGUUGUAGUGAACAUGAACAAUUUGAAUUACAAAUGAGUUGUGUGAUAAGCAGUAGGUAUGUUUAGUUUUUGUAAUAUAUUCAAGUAAAUCAGUUCAAUCGAGUCGAUCGUUUAUCGUUUUGUAUAGUUAUUUUCGCUUCGUACCACUAUGGGACAAAAAAUGUUCAUGUAGCAGCCCUGCAACUUUUCUUCAAUAACGAUGACCAAAGUUUUCUUUAUGGAGGUAUGGUUAGGAGAGGUUGUGUGGAUUGGUGGAUAAACUUCUUUAAAGACCUUAGGGAUAGUGGCCUGUUCUAUGAUUCGGAUGACAUACAAGUUGAGUGUCUGCAGUUUUGCUUCACGAGCAUGAUACGUGACGAGCUGCGCAGGUUUGCUAUGGAAUGGAACCUGCAUAGAAUUAGAAAGUCGGUAAAUGCAGAAUCUCCAAGUGGUCAACCUGAUGUCAUAUAUUUCCUCUCUUCAACAACAGAUGAUGCAAGGGAUCUAAUUACGCCAGUUUCUGAAGAAGAUAUAGAGAUUGCCCAACAGAAGUGUUGUGUCCAAACACCAGAACAUGGUUGCUCGGAAGAGCUUGUUGAAUUAGCGUCAAUUAUAAUGAUAGAGAAGCAUCUAGAAAUGUCUACCAAUUCAGAAUAUGCCGUUAUUUUCUAUUCAACCAUUGUAGAAGAGAUUGGACAAAUAUUGUAG